AUGACUCAGGGCGAUUAUCGCGCUCUGGAAUUCUUCCAUUUCUGCACCGUCUCCUGCUUCGGAACUAGGGCCAGUGACUUUCUACGCCACGCGGCUUAUGGCGAUGCCAGUGUGCGUCUGGCUGCCACGGCUUUGGGCUCGUUGCAUCGCACUUUUGUGAGUGAGACGGGCGGGUUUGUCGCUCUGACCCCGGAAAAUACCCGCUAUGCAUUGAAACAGUACAACGCGGCCAUCCACCAGGCCCUGAAAAUGCUCCCUGGUGCCGCUGAACAGCGAAACGAUGCGGUCUUGAUCAUGUGCGCCCUCUUCUACUGCUUUGAGAGUCUGCAGGGGCACUUCAACAACGCCAUCCAACAUGGAAUCGCAGGGCUGCGUAUCCUGAAGCACCUGGAAUAUCAAGGUCAGGCCAAGGGAGUCGCGGUAGAUUGGCCUCCGGUUGCCAUUCGGUCCAUGUUCAUGACGAUCGAAAAUCAGAUGCUCGAAAUCGAUUGGGAGAUGUACAUCCCGGCCUCGGUGCAGUUGACGCUUCUAUCCCCACCCCGGCUACCGUGUCCAGCGCUGGCGGAUACGCCGUGCACACUGGAAGAGAUCAGCGAUUCCUUUGAAUCUAUAUACAAUCAAUGCCUCAAGUUCCUCUACCUAUCAUCCAUGCCCGUCAGUCUGGAUGAGACUCGUGUGGAUCCUGAACUCGCUUCUGACCUGCACCGCAUCCAAGCCCACUACGACCAAGUCAAGGGAGACAUCAAUGCCUGGUCAGGGACUUUCGACCGAUACCUGAUGGUUCAUUCUACCAAAGGCUCCGACCUCGGGCGUCAGAGAACUAUCCUUUACCUCCAGCUAUGGCGCAUCGCGAUGGACAUCCUCCUGCGCAUGGAGGCACCGAUAUCCGAUUCAUCUUGGGACGACUUCUGCACGGAGUUUGGGGCCAUCGUAUCCAUAUCCGAGAAGAUCAUUGACUCAACUCUGGGGGCUUGCUACUCACAGCGUCCGAUCCAGCACGAAUUGCCCUCCAGCCAGCAAUCCGGGACAUUUGCGACCAUUCUCCCCAAACCACAGCCUCCGCCACCUGCAUCAGUCUCCUUUGUCGUCUCCCUCGGCAUGGUCCCCCUUCUCUGGCUGGUGGCUACAUCCUGUCGACAAUCCCAACUCCGGCGCCGCGCGAUCGAUCUCAUGAAACGCAGUCGGCGCCGGGAAGGAGUCUGGGACUCGGCCGUGUUUGCUGCUCUGGCGGAGAAAAUCGUGCGCAUGGAGGAAGAAGCCGCGGGAAUCGAGCAUGGUAUGGUAUAUGAAGCGGCCGAUCUACCUGUAUCGGCACGGGUGACUACCGUCGCCGGUCGCUUCUGCGAGGGACGGCAGGGGAAGAUAGAGUAUUUUCGAGAAGGAGUCAAGCUGGGAGAGGACGUGAUCCGUUGGUAA